ACAACUUGACGUGCUUUCUUUAAAACAAACAAACUGUGGCGAGAGAAAGAGAGAUAAAGGGCGCAGGGACGGAAAACUCCAGCAGUUGGUAAUGCUGGGCAUUGAUCGCUUGCUGGUCAGUUUUACUUUGGGGAGUCAGCCUAGGAUCAAGUUGCAUUCGCUCUCCUUAUCUACAGCCGUGCUACAGAGGGGGGAAACAACUUGAAAGUCGAAGAAGGGAAGGAACUACCAAUCGGAGAGUUCAGGUAUUUUUUUUCUCUCUGACGGACUGAGAGCGAUCUACCGGGCCCUUUCCGCCGCAGAUGACAGGCGUACUUCACCAGACCGACAGAGAGACACAGAGUUCGGGCAGUCCACGCUGCGAAGAAGUGGUCGCAGGGAGGGCGAAGGAAUCCUGACCUUUCAGAGUGUGUGAAAUAAUAAAAAAGGAGACCGGGAUUGAAGCGUGUCGGACACCCUCGGGUGCUGCGCGAAAGGAUCUCCUGCCCUUUCCCAAAAGUUGGACCGUCUCCACCGCGGAAGUUGGCACCGAUCGACAUGGAUUGGCUACUGGACCUUAAAUGUUUGAUAUUCUUCCCCUGCACUAUAUAAAAUGGGGAACCCUUGUCUUGAACAAGAAGGAUUAGUCCUAGUUCAAACUCCGGGGAUUACAGCCUGGAAAAAGAGGCGAAUAUAAAGACGGAACUUCGUUUUACUUGGUUUUGGAAGGGAGAGAACAAUGGAAUUUCUUCGACUGGCUUGUUUGAUUUGGGGAGUCGCGGCGCUCACAGAAGGUGUAAGGGGUCCACCGCAGAUUUCAGAAAGAGUGAUCAACCGCCAGACAGUGAGGUUAGGUCGGACAAUCAAGCUGCCAUGUCCUGUGGAAGGAGAUCCCCCACCACUGACUAUGUGGACAAAAGAUGGCCGCACCAUUCACAGUGGUUGGACGCGGUUUCGAGUCCUCCGGCAAGGUCUGAAAAUCAAAGAGGUGGAAGCUGAAGAUGCUGGAACGUACAUCUGCAAGGCUACUAAUGGUUUUGGCAGCAUCAACCUCAACUACACACUCAUUGUGAUUAAUGACUCAAGCACGGGAAAAGAUGGACAGAAGCUGUCUCAAGGAUCAAAUGGGGAAUAUACAAAUGAAGAUCUGACAGGAAAACAAUGGGUCAGGCCCCGGUUUACGCAACCCACCAAAAUGCGUCGCAGGGUGAUAGCCCGUCCCGUGGGCAGCUCAAUCCGACUCAAGUGUGCGGCGAGUGGCUAUCCCCAGCCCGAUAUCACCUGGCUGAAGGACAACAGGCCUCUCACGCCUCAGGACCUGGGAGACACCAAGAAAAAGAAGUGGACUUUAACCCUGAAAAGCCUAAGGCCGGGAGACAGUGGGAAGUACACGUGCCGUGUCUAUAGCAGAGCAGGCGAGAUAAAUGCGACAUACAAGGUUGAAGUAAUCCAGACCACGAGGUCCAAACCCAUCCUGACUGGAACCCACCCCGUGAACACCACGGUCGAUUACGGAGGCACAACCUCCUUCCAAUGCAAGGUCCGCAGCGACGUCAAGCCUGUGAUUCAGUGGCUGAAGAGAGUGGAGUACGGGAGCGAGAACAAGUACAACUCCACCAUUGAUGUUGGCGGACAGAAGUUUGUCGUGUUGCCAACUGGUGAGGUGUGGUCCCGGCCUGAUGGCUCUUACUUAAACAAACUGAUGAUCUCCAGAGCAAAGGAAGAAGAUGCUGGGAUGUACAUCUGCUUAGGUGCAAACACCAUGGGAUACAGCUUCAGGAGUGCCUUCCUCACCGUGCUGCCAGACCCAAAGCCCCCAAAAGCACCUGUGGCCACCUCAUCAAACGGCAGCCUGCCCUGGCCCGUAAUCAUUGGGAUACCUGCUGGCGCUAUCUUCAUCUUCGGUACGAUCCUGCUUUGGCUUUGCCAAACCAAGAAGAAGCCGUGCUCCACCCCGGCUGCCACAGUGGCCGCCCUCCACAGGCAGCAGCAGAGGGACCGGACCUGCGUGCCGCAAGUGCCGGACAAGGAAUGUAUCACACCGAUAAACUAUGAGGAGUAUGUGGCUCAGCAACAGCACCUUCUGGCUCAAGGUCCUCCGCUAGGUGCACCGCCAGCCCCGAAAAUGUACCCGAAGAUUUACACAGACAUCCACACUCACACGCACUCCCACGUUGAAGGCAAGGUCCACCAGCACCAACAUAUCCACUAUCAGUGUUAGCUCACGGCUCUUGGUGUACCAAGGCUAUUUCCAUCUUCCAGCAGGACCUCUCUCGUCAGCCUACACUGCCAGUAUACUGAAGGCUGCCUGGCAAAGGCCUCCAAAGGAACUUGGGAGACAGAGUGGAAAAUGGAGCUGCUCUCAAAUUCCCAUGAAAUGAGAGUGUACUUGGAUGCAGAGAAACCUAGGCUGCAGUGAAUGAUUCAAGGUGAUAUUUUAGGAGAGGUUCAUACCAAAAGAUCGACUUAAUGCAUAACUUGCUUUAAGUAAAACUGCAAUAACUCAAUCAUCUCACACUAAUCCCAAUUUAAAAACCUUAUGAAAUGCAACUAACUUUUAAUGCACAGUCCAACUAAUUGAAACUUUGCCCCAAGUACUGAACAAUUGCUUUGUACUGAUAAAUUAUAUAAAAAAAAUUAUAAACUAUACUUGAGGUAUAUUUGAAUACUGUGAGACUAGUUGGCUUAUGCAGUUAAAUUCCCAACACAGAAAUACCUUAUCCUCAACAAAACCAAAUAAUAUUUAUAUAUUAUAUAUAUUUCAAAAAUAAUUACAAUUAUCUGAAAUAUGAACAGGAAUUAGAAAGAUUAUAUUUGCAACAAAUAAACCUGCGCUCAAUAGAGGCUUCAAACUAAAUUCUUUGUGUUUUAAAGAAAGAUGCUGUCUACAUUAAGUUCCUGGCUCACUUGAUUCAGAAUUAGAUAGUCUGUGCUUCAAUAUGGAUGUCUGCUGGGUGCUGUGGAAACUUUGAAACAAAACCAGCAAAAUAAUUAUGCCUGGCCACUGCCAUUAUGAGAGAAUGGAAUAGCAGAACAAUGCUUCAAAUUUGAACUGGCAGAGACUGCAAGGAUGAAAUAUUUAUUCAUCCAAGCAGCAGGAAAAUGGAUAUUGUGCUGCUCUCUUUCACUGAAGAGACAAGAGACCCUGGGCAGUCUGUCACCUCGGUAGGGAAAGAUAAGUCAUCACAGCCCAGCAACUGCCCCAGCAGUGCCUCCAGGUGAACUGAGCUUUGCUUCUGCUCUUACCUGCGAUCAUACCUUUCUGUUCCAUACAAUCACACUGCAGUGAUGUUGUAGCAAAUAGUAGUGCCUAUGUGGAUUAGAGAGAGAGACACUAACCACAGAAAUAAGCCUUUUUUGUUGUAAAACUAUAUAGAUUUUAAACAGAAAGUCAUGUAUAUUUAAUUUAUUUUGUUAAGCAAGAAAAGAAAGUGUAUCAUAUUUUCCUCUGAAACAGGUGUUUCUAUAAAUAUAUUUGAUCAAAGGCAAAACUGAAUUGUUGCAGAGUUCUUACACAUAACCAUGUGGGGAUAACAAAAGAGAUCCAACACAGCAUGAAUUGGCUUAUGUCAUCUAUCGGUAAGUGCAGGGAGAGAGAGUGUGUAAGAUUUUUAUGCAAAGCCUUUUUAUCCAAAAAAGACAACGUUAUAGUAACCUUUAUAUCGACAAUCUUGUAUAGUCUGCCCCAUUGUUACCGCCAGCUUCUUUUUGUAUUUGUCGUGUUUUGAACACAAUUGUAUUUUUUUUUAACAUUUUCAGAAAGAAAUAUUUUAUUAGGAAGAUGAUGUUAUGGCAUGAAAGGACCAAUAUCACUAUAUUAGUUUAUAUCUUAAUAUUAUUUUCCCAGAUUAUUAUCUGAACGGCUUCUGAAAUUUUUAUGGGAAUUAAAGAUACUUCAAAAAUAUUUAAACACAUUAGUAAUCCAAUUAAUUUGCUAUGGAGAAUUACUAGCAAUCUAAAGUGAGAUUAUGACACUGUAAAAAGUAACAAGAAACUACUAAAACCAUUACAGGUUUAUUGCCUGCCCUAAUCAAUAAUUUUUGCUAAAGAGUGCUUGACUGCUGCUAUAAGUAGCACUUUAUUUUGAAAGCUAAAGUCAGUCCCAAAUGCCUUGAUGGGCAUAAUUGGGUUGGGGGACAUUGCUCAUUGACCAUUGUUUCAAGAUAUGCAUGUGUCAGUAACCUGUAUCCAUGGUGAAGCUAUCACUCUCCAGCUUAUUGUCAUUCAGUCCAAUAGGGAGCGAAGUAAAUGGACCGAUUCAAAUUGAUAAAAACCUGGCAACCAACCAGAUUGUAGAAUGAAGAAACACAUCUGCAGUAUGUACAUAGCAAUCGAUAGCACAUGAGAAAUCCUAUGUACAAUUUAAUAUGUCAACAACAGAACAGAUGACUUUCUUGCCUGAACAGACUUGUGCGCUCCUCUGUCAAUCAAAAAUCACCCUUUGAUCAAAUAACACAACAGAGCAAAAUAAAAGUUUCUUUCAUAAAAUCCAUUAAACAUCUUUUUAAGAAUAAUAAUAUUAAUAAAGAGACAGAUAAAUGGAUGUUUAUCUCC